UCCAUCAUAUUUUCAUCUUCAGUGUCUUCAGUUGCACGAACAGCAACAAAAGGAUUAGAAAGUUAUUGUGAUCAACCAUUCAAUUGUGAUCCUCAAACCGCUGAAAAAUAUUGGACAAAAAUUGAAGAUGUUUGUGCUGAUGAAUUGAAUCAUAAAGUAGAUUGGAGCAGUGAUCCUAAAAAAAUGGAUAGAAAUACGAUUCUGGUCUUUGGUACUUUAUUCAGUUAUUAUUUUGGAAUUCCCACAAACCAUGCUUAUUGUUAUAAGUCUUCAGAUUCCGAUGAAUUUUGCAUGGUUAAAACUACCAAGAACAUCUUGGAAUAUGCCAAGAAAGCUACCGAUGAAGAUCCGAAACCCAGUUUCUCCCUUGAUUUCAAAUACGUUUACAAGAAGGAUGGUACUAAAAUACCCAUUCCUAAGAAGCUUUUCUGUGGUGAAAAAUGUGCCAAGUCAAUAAUCAAAAUAUACAAAUCUUGGAUCAAACAUUACAAAUUAAGUCCCAAAGUAAUCGAAAAUGUUUUCGGUUCUGAAGAUGGAUUUGAUGAUCAUCUUGAUUGUAAAACUGAUGAUAAACGAGAUACUCGAACAUCUG